AUGUCUUACAACCAAGAUGGAUACGGCCAGCAAGGCGGCUACGGUCAGCAGCAGCACCGUGGCGAGGCUAGCGAGUUCUACAACCAGGGCAGCAACAAUGGCUACGGCCAAAACAAUGGCCAGCAACAGUACGGCGGUCAGCAGGGCGGUCAAGGAGGCUACGGUCAGGGCCCUCCGCAGUACCAGCAAUACCCCUCUGCUGCAGCACAUUCCUCGAACGGAGGCCGCAACUCCGAGAACCAGGGCUACCAGAACCAGUACGGCGGUGCGGGCGACCCAGAGGGCGACCGUGGUGUCAUGGGCGGCCUCGCUGGAGGUGCCGCAGGUGCCUUUGGUGGACAUAAGCUAGGUAACCAAGCUGGCCACGGUACCGCAGGUACUAUCAUCGGCGCCCUCUCUGGCGCGUUCGCCGGGCACAAGGCUCAGGACGCGGUCUCAGACUGGAAGGAUGAUCGCGAUGAGAAGAAGAAGUGGGAGAAGGAACAGGAGGAGAAGGAGAAGUACAACAAGCAACAUCACGGUGGCCCACCACCCCAGCACGACCAGAAUCGCCGCAACAGUGGCGACAGCCGCGAGCGUGGUAACUUCGGGGGCAACUUCACUGCCUCAUCGAGGGAUAUCCGUAUCGACGCGCACGGCGACUUCACCCUCCACGCUCAAUGCGCCCGCACCGAUGGCUCGUACCAGUCCAGCUCGAUCAACUUGAACCAGUUCAUCGAGAACGACAAUGGCAGCUUCCGCUGGACGGGAGGUUGCAGCAACGGCGCCCAAACAUAUACUGUCCAGCAGGGCGAUACACUCCGAGCCAUUGCGGGCAGGUUCUCGCAUUGCUCAUUUGAAGAGCUUGCGAGGCACAACAACAUCUCCAACCCCGACCAGAUCUGGCCCGGCCAGAAUCUUCAGAUCCCCGGUGGUGGCAGCCGUGGUGGAGGCAACUUCGGUGCUUCGGCCAGGAAUGUGAGGCUGCAGCAUGGUGGACAGGAGCUUGUCGCUGACCUUGGUCCUUCGUGGCACACAAGGACUCUCAACCUUGAUGAGAGGAUCGGUAACAAGAACGGGUGCUUGGAGUUUGUUUAA